AUGCCAAACCCGUUGUCGAUCACGAAGAUUAGCAUAGAGAAGAGCGAAGCCGUAUCCGGCCAAGUACUCGAGGCCAUUUUGAAGGUCUAUGGUCAUGGCAGACGACAAGAUUACCUAGUUCAAUGGCAGAGCAUAACUAUCUCCAAUGCUACAUGGGUCAACCGAGCCUUUUUCUCACAGAGUUUUCCUAAUUUCCCACUCCUUGAGGACAAGGGGAGUGGGACGAAAAGCUGUCAUAGUCCUAUAUGGCAGGCCUCCUUGAAGCAGCCCAAGCCCAAAAAGCUACUGAUUACAGUCCAUGGAGUUCCGGCCAUUCUCGAGGCAGGAAAAGAGGCCAAGGUCGAGGCACCGGCCUUGGGGAGUUCCAGGUUCUUUGGAUUUUUCAAGACUUCAGACAUUGCCUACUCAAUUGUGACUGCUGAACUCUCAGUUUUGCCAUUGAUCAAGUCCUGGAGAUGA